AUGGGGGCCCUCACAGACGGAGAGCAAGUAUACGCAACGCUACUGUUGACGGACUCGUAUCUCCCAGGUGCGCUUGUUCUGGCGCAUUCCCUUCGCGACGCAGGGACCUCGAAAAAGCUCGCCGUCUUUUUUACCCUCGACAGUAUCUCUGCCGACUCCAUCACCCAGCUCCAGACCGUCUUCGAUCAUGUUAUUCCCGUCCCUAGAAUCCGCAACGAGCACCCCGCGAACCUCUACCUCAUGAACCGCCCCGACCUCGACUCCGCGUUUACAAAGAUCAACCUCUGGAAGCAGACCCAAUUCUCCAAGAUCGUCUAUGUAGACUCUGAUGUCGUCGCCUAUCGCGCCCCGGAUGAGCUCUUUGCCAUUGAGCACCCUUUCGGCGCUGCGCCAGACAUUGGAUGGCCAGAUCUUUUCAACACUGGCGUCAUGGUGUUGACGCCCAAUCUGGGAGACUACUAUGCCCUGCUCGCCAUGGCGGAGCGCGGCAUUUCCUUUGAUGGCGCCGACCAGGGCCUGUUGAACAUGUACUUUAAAAACACCGUGCAUCGCUUGUCUUUUACCUACAACGUCACACCUUCGGCCCAUUAUCAGUAUUUGCCAGCAUUUCGCCAUUUUCAAUCCAGCAUUAAUAUGGUGCAUUUUAUCGGCCCAAACAAGCCUUGGUCUGAGGGCCGCCAUGUGUCACACGGCGCCUCGCCCUAUGGUGAAAUGGUUGGCCGGUGGUGGUCGGUAUAUGAUCGCCAUUACCAUACACAGCAUGAACCCAGCCACUCAACUAGCUGUGGCGAACCGGCGCAACCACAAACGCAACCCGGUCGACAACAGCAGCAGCCACCGCUACCUCGAAUACAUAUACAAGAACCAUCGGAUGUCCAUAUCCCACUAACAGAUAUUGCCCAUGAGCGGCAGAAGGCCGACAAGAAAGCUCAUUCGCGCAACCAGAGCUGGGAUGCUCAGCGACAACCUCCCCCGAGAGAUUCGAAGCCAGAGGCAGAAAACUUUCCCAAUGCACAUUACUCCAUGUCCCAAGAUGUCAAGCCAUUUGUGGCUCCCGCAAGAUACCCAAGCCCUCCGAAAAACAUGUGGUACGAGGUUCCUAAACAGCGUCCUGCUUCAUCCACACAGCCGCCCAAGGGGAUUUUCCCAUGGGAGGGCCAACAGCCGCAGGCAUCUCGAUCUUUUCCUGCCACACCUGACGAGUUAGCGAUUGCCGAUGCAGUAAAGACGCAACAAGCCAAUCCAGCAACGCAGAGAACCGCCACUGGAGCGGGCUCAACAUUGACCUCUACCGCCAAUCACGCGCCACCCCCGAGCAUCUGGAGCUCUUUCACUCUGGUCAACGCAUGGGAUGGUGUGCCCGAGAUCAACCGGUACGUCGAGCGCUCCAGAGGGCAUCGUAGAGCCACGAGCUCUCGGGCCAACCUGCCCGCCUCCAAGAGCGGAGAAGCCACGCCCAAGCCACCAUCCCAGGAGAAGCCCAAAUUCCAGGGCCUUAAGCUCACAGACUUUCCCACCGAGGUGGAGCGGCCUAGCUUGCCCGUCACACCGGCACCCAUCCGCCGCCCGUCGUUCUGGGGCGACGACGGUGAGGAUUCCGGGAACAAGGACGCAGCAGUCCCUGUAGCAGAAGGGGUUCCUGCACAAUCUGAAUGGAAUCCCAGAGAGCAGCUGCAGAAACUCGCCGCCCAGCACUCCGAGGAACUGCUGCGGCGACUCUCUGGUACAGACAGCGAGUCUUUCGGCAUGUUUGAUGAGUCUUCUUCUGCGUCCGCUGCGCCAGCGAGUAGCUCUGGCGUCCUCAGCCCGAAGCCCGUAAAAGCUGGGACCAUGACGAGUGCUCUCCAGCGCCCCACGAGCAUCGGCAGCCAGGCAGACUGA